UUACCGCUCUGAAGGGACCGGCCCGGCCCGAAGUCCCGGCCCGAAGUUGGACGACGCCGGAGCGUGAGAGGCGAGGCCGAACACCAUGCAGGAUCCAAAUGAAGAUACAGAAUGGAAUGAAAUUUUAAGAGAUUUUGGCAUUCUUCCUCCAAAAGAAGAGCCAAAAGAUGAAAUUGAAGAAAUGGUUUUACGUUUACAGAAAGAAGCAAUGGUUAAGCCAUAUGAAAAGAUGACUCUUGCAGAAUUGAAGGAAGCGGAAGAUGAAUUUGAUGAUGAAGAUAUGAGAGCUAUUGAAAUGUAUAGAGAAAAGCGGUUACAGGAAUGGAAAGUUCUCAAGAAAAAACAAAAAUUUGGGGAAUUAAGAGAAAUUUCUGGAAAUCAGUAUGUGAAUGAAGUCACAAAUGCAGAAAAAGAUGUGUGGGUUAUAAUUCAUCUAUACAGAUCAAGCAUCCCAAUGUGUUUGUUGGUUAACCAGCAUCUUAGUCUCCUAGCAAGAAAGUUUCCUGAAACUAAAUUCGUUAAAGCCAUUGUGAAUAGCUGUAUUGAUCACUACCAUGACAAUUGUUUACCAACCAUUUUUGUUUAUAAAAAUGGUCAAAUAGAAGGCAAAUUCAUUGGAAUUAUAGAAUGUGGAGGUAUAAAUCUCAAGCUCGAAGAACUUGAAUGGAAGCUAGCAGAAGUUGGAGCAAUACAGACUGAUUUGGAAGAAAACCCCCAAAAAGGCAUUGUAGAUGUGAUGGUAUCUUCAAUUAGAAACACUUCUAUUUAUGAUGACACUGAUAGCUCAAACAGUGAUAAUGAAGAUACCAAAUAGAAAUAUUUAAUAAAUAGCUUUAAAGUGUUUAUA